AUGGAAGAUGAAGAAAGAUACAUGAAAUUGAAUGUGCAGUUGAGAAAAAGGAAUUCUAGCCAAACAUCCCAACUUAAAUGUAAAGAUUUUUCUGUGAUGUUACACUGGUACAAAAUCUUAUUGGGAAUAUCUGGAACAGUAAAUGGUAUUCUGAUUUUGACUUUUAUCACCCUGAUUCUUUUGGUGUCUCAAGGAGUGUUGCUAAAAUGCCUAAAAGGAAAUAAUUCAAAUAUCACCCAGCAUGAUAAUACUGGAAACCUGAAAAUGAAGGGUGGCACAAGAGGAACCAUAAGUACUAAAGAUGCGGACCACAAUGCUUCAAGUGCUACAGACUAUACAGGAUUGUGUCCAUCAGAAUGGCUCAAAUAUCAAGAAAAGUGUUAUUGGUUCUCUAAUGAAUUAAAAAGCUGGAGUGACAGUCAUGGGUAUUGUUUGGGAAGAAACUCUCAUCUAGUAAUAAUUCAGGACCAAUUUGAAAUGGCUUUUAUACAGAAAAACCUAAAACAAUCAAAUUAUGUGUGGAUUGGACUUAACUUUACCUCCCAGAAAAGAACAUGGAACUGGGUGGAUGGUUCUCCAGUAGCUUCAAAGAUAUUAGUCAUAAAAGGACCAGCUACCGAAAACAGCUGUGCUGCCAUCAAGGGAAACAAAAUUUACUCUGAAACCUGCAGCAGUGUUUUCAAAUGGAUUUGUCAAUGUUAA